AUGGCGACGAAGUCGACAACAUCUAGUAUUAAACAGAAACCAGAAAAGAUCAAGUCGAAGAAGAUAGAAAUAUCGAAGGGUAAGGGCAUGAAGAAUUCUAGCAAAUCAAAGAACAGCAAGCAUGGCAAAAAAUCCAUGAGGCGAUCGAAGAAUAAGAAUCAAAAUAAUAAACCUCCUACUACGGUCAGAUCGACAGAUGGAAUCACCUUUCUCGAAAGCAGCAGUGAAAGUGAAGGGUACGAUGAUUAUGAUGGACAUUUCGAUAAUCCAACUGAGUCUGAAGAUAAGGAUUUAAAAAUGGCAAAAGUGGCAGUAGAAAAGGUUCCACAACUUCAAAAUAAUAAAUUGGAAGAUAAUCAAGAUUUUAUUGCAUUUUCAGCUUCCAGCUCUGAUGAAAAAGAUAUUCAAGAGAAACAAGCAUUAGAAGUUGAUGAACAAGUUACUAAGGAACCAACGAAGAUUCUGAAGUCAGAUUAUCCAUGGAUUAUUAACCAUGAUCACUCAAAACAAAAGGAAAUUUCAGAUUGGUUGACUUUAGAAAUCGCUGAUUUUGUCUCUUAUAUAUCCCCAAGCCGAGAAGAAAUUGAAUCAAGAAACCAAACCAUAAGUAAAGUUCGUAAUGCUGUGAAGCAAUUAUGGCCAGAUGCUGACCUUCAUGUUUUCGGAUCUUACGCGACAGAUCUAUAUUUGCCAGGGUCUGAUAUUGAUUGUGUCAUUAAUAGUAAAGCUGGUGAUAAAGAAAAUAGAAAUAGUCUAUAUUCAUUAGCUAGUUUCUUGAAACAGCAAGGAUUAGCCACUCAAAUUGAAGUUAUUGCUAAAACACGAGUACCAAUUAUUAAAUUCGUGGAACCUGAGUCCAAUAUUCACAUUGAUGUAUCAUUUGAAAGAACUAAUGGGCUAGAAGCAGCCAAGCUUAUUAGAGAAUGGUUACAAGAUACACCAGGGUUAAGGGAAUUGGUUCUGAUAAUAAAACAAUUCCUCCAUUCAAGGAGGUUAAAUAACGUCCAUACAGGUGGAUUAGGUGGGUUCAGUAUUAUAUGUAUUGUCUUUUCCUUUUUACAAAUGCACCCUCGUAUUAUAACUAAUGAGAUUGAUCCAAUGGAAAAUUUAGGUGUGUUAUUAAUUGAGUUUUUUGAACUCUAUGGGAAAAACUUUGGUUAUGAUGACGUCGCAAUUAGUGUCACCGAUGGAUACCCCUCUUAUCUACCAAAAUCUUCAUGGAAAGGGCUACAGCAAACAAGAGGUUCGUUCUCAUUAGCUAUACAGGAUCCUGGUGAUGAAACAAACAAUAUUAGUAGAGGUUCCUUUAAUUUAAGAGAUAUUAAGAAAGGGUUUGCAGGUGCUUUCGAUUUAUUGACCAAUAGAUGCUUUGAGCUAGAUCAAACUAGUUUCAAACAGAGAGUUGGGAAGAGUAUCUUAGGAAAUGUGAUUAAAUACAGAGGGAAAGAAAGAGAUUUUAAGGAUGAGCGUAGUCUCGUUGUUAAUAAAGCUAUUGUUGAAAAUGAAAAAUAUCACAAGAAACGUAGUCGGAUUGUCCAUAAGGUCAACCCGGAUGAAGUAUCGCAAACUGUUGAGGUGGUAGCUGACGAAGAUGACGGGGAUGACAUGUACAUCGUUGAGGAACCGCCUUCAAAAAAACGAAAGAAGUCUAGUAAUAAGGCAGAAAAAAUCAAAAAGAAGAAAACCGUAGAUUCAUACAUGGGGCUCCCUAGUGAGGAGAAAGAAGAUGAAGACGAUUAUAAUCCAACGUUACUACGUUGA